AAAGACGGGCGGAUCGACGUGAAUGAGCUGAGAAUUGUCUGGUCGCUCGGGGGAUCCUCCGGAGUGACGUGGAGGAGAUAGUGCGGGAGGGUGACACCAAUCAUGACGGGCAGCUCGACUUUGAGGAGUUCACCCAGUGCCUGCGCACUCACGAGAAAGAGCUACGGCUCAUGUUCCGCAGCCUGGACCGCAACAACGAUGGGCACAUUGACCUGGCAGAGAUCCAACAGUCUCUCCAUAACCUGGGGGUGGAUGUCUCUUCUGAGCAGGCUGCCAGGAUCCUCCAGAGCAUGGACAAGGAUGGCACUAUGACCGUCGACUGGAAUGAGUGGCGCGAUCACUUCCUGUUGAAUCCACUCCACAACAUGGAGGACAUCGUCCACUUCUGGAAACACUCCCUGAUGUUUGACAUCGGGGAGCACCUGACGGUGCCAGACGAAUUCUCGGAGCGGGAGCGGAGGUCUGGGGUGGUGUGGAGGCAGCUGAUGGCUGGGGCAAUGGCAGGGGCUGUGUCUCGAACGGGCACUGCCCCCUUGGACCGCCUCAAGGUCUUCCUUCAGGUGCUGAAGACUCGUCUCACCCUGCGGAAGACAGGACAGUACACAGGGAUGGCUGACUGCGCCAAACAGAUCCUCCGAAAGGAGGGCGUGUGGGCGUUCUACAAGGGCUACGUGCCAAAUACACUGGGCAUCAUCCCCUAUGCAGGCAUCGACCUGGCUGUCUAUGAGACAUUGAAGAAUGCCUGGCUGCAGCAUUUCUGCGUUGACACUGCGGACCCUGGGGUCCUUGUGCUGCUGGCCUGUGGCACUGUGUCCAGCACAUGCGGCCAGCUGGCCAGCUACCCUCUGGCACUGAUCCGAACACGCAUGCAGGCCCAGGCAUCUGUAGAAGGGGGGCCCCAGCUCACCAUGCUGGGCCAGUUCAAGCACAUUGUCUCCAGGGAGGGGGUGCCAGGACUGUACCGUGGGAUUGCCCCCAACUUCCUCAAGGUCAUUCCAGCAGUGAGCAUCUCGUAUGUGGUGUACGAGCACAUGAAGAAGGUCCUGGGGGUCGGCUCAUAGAAGUCCCGCUCUCGAGACCUGCAAGGAGACACAGAUGUCAGGAAUAAAUGCGGAAAAACCUUAAAAAUGGAUGGAUAGAGCAAGGAGGGUGGAGAAGAACCACAAGCAGUGAACU